AUGGUCUAUCGCUCAGGGCAAUUGGUCCGGACAGCUGCCCGGACCGUCUCCUUCGUCCCUCGCCGAACAUUGACCUCGACGACCGUCCGUUACGCUUUGAACGAUGCCGAAAGCAAAAAGCCGGCCGCUUUGUUUUCUUCCUUGAAGAACAUGUUCACGGGAGGAUCCAGCCAGAAACCUAAAGUCGCCCACCGACCCUCGGCCCCUAAGAAGGAAGAAGGUGGUUUGGGAUCCUCCAUCUUCGGAUCCGACUUCACCGCACCAACAUCCGGUCCCAUGCCAUCCCGGCCAACUGGGGAACAACAAAAGGAAAAGGAAACCGUCUCCGGAAAGCUGGAGGACCGCGACCUGAGUCGCCUGCAAGUGGGACUGGGACCCGACCCCAAGGCCCAGCUGCGAUGGGAGAGGAAGAUGGCUGUCCGCGAGAUCCGGAAACGAGGCCGUGUACCGACUAAGGUGCAAAUUAAGCGCACAGAGCGCGAAUCACUUUCGAAAUCCCAUUGGUUCAAGACGUCGCUGAAGAAACUGGGUCCUCUGGCCCGCCAAAUCGCCGGCAAGAAUAUCGACGAAGCCAUCCUCCAGAUGCGCUUCAGCAACAAAAAGGCCGCCAAAGACGUGCUGGAACAUCUGGAACACGCAAAGAACGUCGCCAUUGUCCGUGCCGGCAUGGGCCUUGGGGCCUCUAACUCCGAACCAUCGAAACCCAUUACUGUCAUACUCAAGACUGGCGAGCGGCAGAAGAUUGCCAACCCCACCGACAUCUACAUUCAGCAGGCCUGGGUCAACCGUGGUCCCUAUGGAUAUGAGAUGGAUCACCGUGCCCGUGGUCAGAUCAACCGCAUGCGUCCCCCUACCACAAGUCUUUCUGUCCUGUUGAAGGAAGAGAGGACUCGUAUCCGCGAGUGGGAGGACCGUGAGGCCAAGGCCCAGCGGGAGCGCAGGUCUCAGCUCUGGACACAACUGCCGGAUCGCAAGAUCUCUGCGCAGAACCAGUACUACAGUUGGUGA